AUGAAUAAAAAUGACUUUGCAAAAAUUGUUUCUGUUAGACAUGGAUUGGGAUGGCAGAAAGGAUGUACACACAAAGAGAACAUUGAUGAAAGGCCUUCAUUUCCCCAGAAUAUCUUUGAGGAAAUCUUACUAGGUUUUCGGUUUAAUUUACUUUCUGACGCUUUGUUCUUUACUAGCAUCCUGGUUUUUGCUUUGCAAUGUCUGGUCGGAUCUUUAUUUGAUACUUCCUUCCGACAAUCAACCGUUUUUUGGAAUCAAAAGAUAUGUCGCCUUGGUUGA